AUGGUGGAUUCCUACGACUACUUGUUGAAGUUUCUUAUUAUUGGGGACGCUUCCACAGGCAAAACCUGUAUAUUGAGGCGUUUUAUUGAAGACACCUUUAAGGAGGAUAUGCUUCACACUAUAGGUGUCGAAUUCGGCACGAAAGUAAUUCAAGUAGGUGGAGAAUCUCUUAAGCUACAAAUAUGGGACACCGCUGGCCAGGAAAGAUUUCAGUGUGUCACUCGGUCUUACUAUCGAGGCGCCGCCGGUGCACUUGUCGUAUACGAUAUUUCAUGUCGAGAGUCCUUUAAUCGUGUUGCCGAUUGGAUUUCCAGUGUGCGUGAACUUUCAAAGCCCGACCUUGCAGUCGUUCUCGUCGGCAACAAAUCUGAUCUUGCUGCUGAACGCCGAGAGGUGAACGAGGAAGAAGCUCGUCAGUUCGCCAGGGACAAUGGGGUUCACGACUUCAUCGAGACUUCUGCUAAGUUGGGGGAAAAUAUUCAGGAGGCCUUCUACGCAGCUGCACGGACAGCUCUCGAACGAGCUAAAGCUACCCAGUCCACCGACAUGUUCCUGCCCGCCUCGAGUUCUGGUGGGGGUUACCUUCAUCGUGCUCCCCCUAGUCAGAAUCGAGUCAGCUGUUCUGGUGGCUAUUUAUCUUAUCUGGUUGUGUAA